GGCGGAUUCACAUCCUGAAGGUGGCUACAAUGUGCUCAAGUGUCCAUUAAGAGCUUUGAAGUUAGUAUCCAAUCCAAUCCACUUUGAUAUUUGUGUACGAUUUUUUAUCGGGCUUCGGAGUUUUCCGCAUAAUUUUUACAUAAUGGUAUUUUCAAAUAUACGUCGUUGAUGUUUCAUAGAAGCUGAAACAGCUGAAAGCGUUAUCACCAGCCAUGGGGUCACCACUGAAGCUUUUGUUGUGCGGUGACGUGAACGGGCAGUUCCGCAAACUUUUCGACCGAGUGGCUACGGUGAACAAAAAGAGUGGUCCGUUCGAAAUGCUGGUGUGCGUUGGCGACUUCUUCGGUUCAGGUUCGUCAGAAUGGGAAGCAUACAUGUCGGGAGCCAGCAAAGUUCCCCUCUUAACCUACAUCCUGGGUCCCACUCCGGGCGGUGCUGUUGACGAGAAGAUCGCAGCGACCGACGGAAACCUUUGCGAAAACGUCGUCCACCUCGGCACGAGAGGUGUCUUCACGGGGGCAUCGGGACUCAAAGUGGCUUAUUUUUCCGGUGUGCAGAGCUCGGACGGCAAAAGCACCAAGACCGCUUUCACCAAGAAAGACGCCUUAGACUUCCUUUUGCCGAUCAUGGAAAGCACUGGCCAGCGAGGAGUCGAUCUGUUCCUCUCCUCGCAGUGGCCAAAAGAUAUCAGCAAAUACGCUCACACGGCUCCCGAACACGACAACGGUGAAAAAUCAGACGUGAUAGCGCUCCUCGCUUACUUUCUCCGCCCCAGAUACCACUUCACGUCGUCUCCCGAAACCUACUACGAGCGGUUACCGUACAGGAACCACAAGGUGCUUCGAGAGCCCGCGCGCCACGCCACGCGAUUCAUCUCCCUGGCAUCUGUGGGCAACACGUCCAAGGCCAAGUGGCUGUACGCGUUUUCGAUAGUGCCGAUGGCGGACCUCUCCAACGCGGAGCUUGUGAAGCAACCGGCCGACAUCACGGAGUGUCCUUUUCAGUUCACGGAGGAAGACUUGAAGCUCGAGAAGGCCAAGCAGUUCUUCUACGACCUGGCGCCGGGGCCAGAGAAAGGAAAGAAAAGGUCCCGUGACGGCGGGGAGCCACGUCAGAAGCGGCCGCCUCCGGAGCCGAAAGGUCCCUGCUGGUUCUGCCUGGCGAGCCCCGAGGUCGAGAAGCAGCUCGUCAUAAGCAUCGGCGAGAGCUGCUACCUCGCACUCGCCAAGGGCGCCCUCACUCCGGACCACGUGCUCAUCCUUCCCAUAGGACACCACCAGAGCACGGUUGAGGUGGACGAAGACACCCUGGAAGAGAUCAACAAGUUCAAGGAUUGCCUUCGGGGCUACUACAAGUCUGUAGGCAAAUGCCCGGUGUACUUCGAACGGAACUACAGGAGUUCUCACCUUCAGAUUCAGGUGGUUCCUGUGGCAAAGACCCUCAUGCCGGGACUCAUGUCCGUGCUGGUCGACUAUGGCAAGUCUGUCGGGGUCGACUUGGACGAGAUACCGCAGAACUCUAACCUGCGUCAGAUCAUGGAUCCGGGCCGCCCUUACUUCUACAUGGAGUUUCAGGGAGUCAGGCUGUUGCACAGGAUUCGGAAGCAGUUUCCUUUGCAGUUUGGGAGGGAGGUGCUUGCCUGUGAAGAGGUCUUGAACUUGCCCCACAUGGCCGACUGGAGGAACUGCAGUGCAACAAAGGAGGAGGAAGUGUCGACUGUUGCUGCAUUCAGGGACCAGUUUAAGCCGUACGAUUUCACACUCGUGUAGAUGAAGGAUCGGCAUGUUGCAUCUGCGAUGUGCUGGCGGUCAGUGUAGAGCCCCUGCCUUAAGGUUUUAGCACUUUGUUGACAUCUGCAAGGCCAUUGUGCAACAUAAAAAAGGAAAGAAAGAAGUACUGGCUUUUUGUGUAGCAGCUGAGAAUAAUAAUUACCAUUUCACUUUAUUAGCCAGCUUUACUAAAACUAAACUGUACUAAAACGAAAUAAUGCAGAUUGUUGGGCUAGUUGGUACUGGGAAUCUGACGUCAUGAUGGUGCUUAAGACAAGGACAAUCAACGUUCAAUGUUCCCCCCCUUUUUUCAAAAUAAAUCAGUUGAAGUAGCUCUCCGUGUUGUCUAGUCUCCCUUUUGUCCUCGUCUUAAGCGCCAUCAUGACAUCAAAAUGUACUAAAACCUGUAACUAACAGAUAAAAGGAAAAGAGGGGGGGAGGGGGGGGUAGCAUACAUAAGGUUCCUGCGCACGUUGAUCCCCCAUUUAUAUGUUGCCCCCAGUACAUCAAGCCCCAACCACAUGGGGCAUUGGUUCACACCUACACUGCCUUUUUGAAAAGAAGACUGCUAGUCUGGGCUGGACGGGGCAGGCCAUCAAGCAAAAUACAAUCCAGUGUGUUCGUGCCAUUGACACUAGACAAGAUGCAACGCGGUCAAUGGAACUGCGUGAACGAGCCUAUAGAGGUCCGGUGACACUGGUUUACGCUGUAGAUUUAGCCAGUGCAGUAUAAAUGCUAACCUGUUGUCUUUAACGUGCAGUGUGCAGUAGUGAUAUAUGACCGUAUGCUGGUACAAUGCUCAUCCAGAUUGAAACGGGCAGGGGUGGGGACUGAAUCAAGGAUCCCCAAGUUUUGCAGCGCUAGCUUCUUCUCCAUGUGCUCCAAACCACGGUGCGC